AUGAAUGCAUUUGAUAUCCUAAUCACCAUAGCAAGCCAACAACAAGGGAAUGUAACGCCGUCCCUCUCGCCUCGCGGCCAAAGGUUGGCACUUGCCAAGGUCUUGGCAGGCUGCGACUUCGGCGCCCCAGUCUUCGGGGGAUUCCCGCCGUGCUUCGCUUUUCUGACCCUGGUCUCAACUCGAGUUCUGCCCUCAGCCACCACAAUUUGCAAUUCCUGCUACGCUCGACGGAGCUAUGCGCUUCCCUCAAGCGAGCCUCUUGCUCGUCAUCUCUAUGUCGUGGAAACUGUAACCGAGUCUGUUAACGUCGUCGAACUGGAUUUCGUCUUUCCCCGCAACGAAACCUACGCACCGACGGAGGAUUUCCCCGUUGUCUUUGCGGUCAAGAACACGCAGCAUGCGGAGCUGCUGAGCCUCAGGAUCACCUAUACAAUCUUCAAGUGGGACGCCAAAAGCAUCUCAGGCUCUUGGCCUAGCACCACCAUCCCCGAAGAGCUGCUUCGCUUGGAUUGGACCAACCUCAGCGACCCCUACCUCGCAUACCGAUACUACAAUGGGACGAGUCCCGGUCAUUGGUGGCUGACCUGGCACCUCAGCUGGCAGAGCUGCGAUGUUGAGGCGUUAGACGAUGCUGAUAGUGACGGUGGUCUCUUCACUAACACCUCUCGUCGUCGCGGAUGUCACAAUCCAAUACUCACCUUCCGCACCACAGAAGGAAGUAGACCUGGCCGCUGCAACCGCAGUUGGGAAACAUGUUGCCUGACUGGGCAAGGCUGGCUGGUCAUUGCUGGCUGGGACAAUGUCACUUCCAUUGCUCUCACAAACUUUCUUGACGGAAGCCCGGAGUCAGUCGAGUCUCACACCGAGAUCAUCUCUGACGGAAAGCUAACCCCUGGAAACGCGACCGCCGACUCGCCAGAUGGUGACGAAGAAAUGUAUCACUGGUCACGCCAUUCCAGCCCUGUGGCCUCGUACACCCUCGUUGAUGCGGGUCACCUCUGUGGUGAACCCAAAGAUAUCAGCAAGUCGCUUGACGACGAUACCCAGAGAGCAACUGUUGUUUGCGUUGACGGAAAUCAAUACUACCUUGCAUAUCCAGAUGGUGAUGCAAGGGAAUGCCCCUGUGAUCAUUUGACGGACACAGGCUUCUGCCGGAAAAUAUGCCGCGAUAACACGUUUUCCCCACCGACAGGCCUCGAGUAUAUCGCCAGCGAAAGUAACUACUAUGGCAUCACAAAGGACGAGCUGGUGAUUGGCUCGGUCCGCACCUGGAUUAAACAUGAGAGGGAGAACCCUGCGAAGCCUGGUGAUGGAGACCCGGCCCAGGCUAUAUGCGUAUUCCCGUUUGCAGCGCCGAGCGAGUUUUUCAAUCUUGAAAAACAACAGAGCAACCCAAACGCUACGCCUAACUACCCCUGCGAUAUCCCAGCCGGCAAUGACGAUUGCGGGAAAUCGACGUUUGUGGACCAGACCAGUGAUGCAUCGCCCAAAAUUGGAGACUGCUGCCAAACUAUAUUGAAUAUCCAGGAUGAUGGCAGUACUGACUGGACAAUCCAAGUUGUCGGCAAGAACCAGCGCGAGAUUGCUUCUCAUGCAUCCUGUCACUUUGGCGUGGAGACUACGAAGGUUGACGGCAACGUCAACUCUGUUGUUGGAGGACAAGAAGUCAUUUAUAUUAUCAAUGACGCAAUUGCACAGUUCGGCAACAAGGAUGGACUCGUUGGGGCGAAGGGUGAGAUGAGUUGCAACGGCAAUGUCCACGAUCAGGCUGUUUUGUGGGGGAUCUAG